AUGGGUGGAACUGGAAAGUGGUAUUUCACAAAAGGGGAGAUAGAAACGGAAACCCCAUCUCGGAGGGACGGGAUUAGCCGGAUGAAAGAGUCGGAAUUGCGGAGGUCUUACUGCUUGUUUCAGAGGGAGUUUGGGACGAAAUUGAAGGUGGGUAGGGUUACGAUUUCGACGGCGAUGAUGCUGUGCCACCAAUUUUACAUGCGGCAAUCUCAUGGCAAGAACGAUUGGAAGAUUGUUGCAACUUCAAGCAUGCUUCUUGCUUGCAAAUUAGUCGACGAAGUUAGGUUUUUGAAUGACAUUGUUUUCGUGGGGUACGAGAUUGGGGAAAAAUUCGAAUCGAGUCAAAAGAGUAGUAGUGGUGGUAGUAUUAGGCAGAGAGAGUUCUUCAGGAAGCAGAGGGAUUUGAUCUUGCUUGGGGAGAGACUUGUUAUGCAAACAAUCGGUUUUGAAUUUGAUCGAAUUAAGCUUCCGUUCGAUCCACUUGCUUCGGCUCUAAAGAGAUUGAAUUGUAGUAGCUCUGGAGACCUUGGUAUGUUGGCUAAGAGUUUGAUUGAGGAGUGCCUUCAAACCACAUUGUGCUUGGAGUUCAAGCCCCAUUGCAUUGCAGCUGGUUCAGUGGCUGUUGCGGCCUGA